CACACACACACACACACACACACACGCACACACGCACACACAUACACAUACAUACAGGCAGGAGCACAGACACACUAACAGAACAACGUUCGGCGCGGCAAGAUGGCCACAGUAGAAAAACAGGAACAUCACAGAUCAACAUGUUUCAAUGGAACAUCGACGGCAGGCAAGAUUUUCGCUUAUAUUUUGGUGUACAGUUUUAUGUUGGUGUGUUUGGCUAACCACGAUGCUAAAAGACUCUACGAUGACUUACUUCGGAAACGCGGAUACAACAAACUUAUACGUCCGGUCGGAAAUAACACGGACAAACUGACCGUUAAAUUAGGAAUUCGUCUGUCACAGAUGAUUGAUGUGGAUGAGAAGAAUCAAAUUAUGACUACAAAUGUCUGGCUUAGACAGGAAUGGUGGGAUAUAUGGCUGAAAUGGAACCCAAGCGAGUACGCAGGUCUGAAAACCAUCGAAGUUCCGGCUGCAGAGAUAUGGACGCCAGAUUUGGUCUUGUUCAACAAUGCAGACGGAAAUUAUGAAGUAACUUUGAUGACCAAAGCCACGCUGCAUCCUGAUGGUCGGGUCGUUUGGGAGCCACCGGCGAUUUAUAAAAGCUCCUGUACUAUUGAUGUCGAAUUUUUCCCGUUCGAUAUUCAAUUAUGCACCAUGAAAUUCGGUUCCUGGACUUACGACGGCAAUCAGGUAGACCUUGUGCAUAUCUGUGCCCCAAACGAACAAGGAGAAACGGUGAUAAAAAGAGGCAUGGACCUUCGAGAAUUAUAUCGAAGUGUUGAAUGGGACAUUUUAGAUGUACCGGCCAAGAAAAACGAAAAACGAUACUUAUGCUGUCCAGAACCUUAUCCCGACAUUACCUUUAACAUAACAAUGAGGCGAAAGACUCUUUUCUACACUGUUAAUUUGAUCAUCCCAUGCGUGUCCAUUUCCUUUCUAACCGUACUGGUAUUUUACCUCCCUUCCGACAGUGGUGAGAAAAUUACUCUGUGUAUCUCCAUUUUGCUUUCUUUAACUGUAUUUUUCUUGUUGUUAGCAGAGAUCAUUCCGCCCACUUCGAUUGUCGUUCCGCUGAUCGGAAAAUAUUUAUUGUUCACCAUGAUUCUUGUUACUUUAUCAAUCAUCGUUACAGUUGUAGUUCUUAAUGUCCACUUUCGCUCACCCUGGACACACACUAUGAGUCCGUGGGUGAGGCGAGUAUUCCUCAGCAUUCUACCAAAGUUGCUCAUCAUGCGUCGUCCAAAUCUGGAAUACGACAAGUCCUCUAGAGCAUCUGUUCGAACCUGUAAUGGAAUUGAAGUUAAAGACGGCACUUCCAGCUUAGGUAGUAUCGGUGUACGAGAUAACGUUACCAACAAGGCCUACCAACGUAUAGCUCGACGUGUGGUCAAUACUGAGUCACCACUUCCACCAUCAGCGUUCGGUCGUUUCCCAUAUGAAGAGGCCCUGGUUUCCGAAAGCUCAAGCAGUAUGAAACAAAGAGUUAUGGCAGAAGACAUACAAGAAGCCAUUGAUGGUGUUACCUUCAUCGCAGAACACCUGAAGAACGAAGACCAAUGUGGUUCGAUUCAAGAAGACUGGAAAUACGUAGCCAUGGUUCUGGAUCGUCUGUUCCUCUGGAUUUUCACAACCGCCUGUGUGGUCGGCACCUUCGGCAUCAUCUUACAAGCCCCUACCCUCUACGAUAACCGCGAACCUCUGCAACUUGUGGAUCCCACGGAUAACUGUUACAGUGUCGGAAAUUAAGGUACCAGUCAAAUACUGGGAUCAAUAUAAUCGACUGUACCAUUUUACUGCAAAAUUUUUGAUUUAUACCUAUGUUGGACAUUCUCAUUACGAAUAUUACUACUAUUAUUAUUAUUCAAA